UCUCCCCUUAAGCUGCAGUGGUAGGGGAGGUAAUCGCUGCACAAAAAUUUCUCUGGACGUCGGCAUACAAGACAUACAAAAAUGACGUCUGUCGUGCCCAAGGACUGGGAAAAGAAACAUAGCAGUUUCAAUUUGUUAUUUGCUAUGCCAGACAACAUAAAUCAAUCAAAAAAAAUGAUUGUCGGCUUUGGAAUCGGUGCCAAAAUAGGACUAGCUGGUUCAUGUGCCAAUAUUCUGUUAACACCAUACACAACAUUUGAACAGAUUCUUUAUACAAGAAAAAUGUGGGCACUUCUAACAACAUCUAAAGGUUUUAUGGUAGGAGCAUUUUCUGGAUGUAUGUAUGUUGCAACUGCGCAGCAGGUUUGUCGUCUAAGAGGUAACAAGGAUGACUGGAUCAACCAUUUUGCUGCGGCAUAUGCUGGAGUUCUUCCAUACUCUGUACUUUUCAAGCAGACAUGGAAGUUUUUCUUGAUGGGCGGUACAGUAUUUGGAAUAGGAGCUGCCAUUGCUAAACUAAGUGGGCAGUCAGACUUGAUUAAGAACACCUAUACAGCUGACAGGUGUAAAGAAACUCCCACAAAAUACCCGGAAAUAUACUUGCAUUAUCAUGUGCUUAAGGAACAGAGAGAAGAAAAACAACGCCAGAAGAAUUUGUUAGAUUGAAAAUUACAUUUAAUAAGUUAUCAUGGUGUUUUAUAAUUAACCAUACUAAUUGUGAAGGAAAUUAAGGGUUAAUAACAGCUCGUAUACCAAGGAUCUGCAGUUAGAUUUUGAUAUUUCGUUAUUAUACAGUGCGGAUAUUUUCUUCUGUUAAAAAUUGAUGAAAAGAAAUAUGCAUUUGAAAAUGUUAUGUAGUAAUAAAAAGGACUUAUUUGGUUUA